AUGGGCGAAAUUGCAGCAAGGUUCUGUGUUCCAUGCCAGCAACAGGUGCUCGUUGGACAUUUUAGUAGAAGGAAAUGGAAAGAGAAGUUGAAUAGGCACGAGUGGCAAUGCAAUGCACUGACUGAGCCAAAAUCAAAGCAGCCUUUGGUCAAGAAUCAGAUUGCAAUGAAUUCUGCCACCUACUCUUCAAGAAUGACUACUGAUAUCCCUCUCUAUGAGUCUCCUGGGGCAUCCUUUGAUAGGUAUUUGGAGCAUAAGCCUAGAGUUUUCGACGCAAUAUUUCCUGACAAAAGAAGGAGCCAACAACUUAAUGAGACUGCAGCACUGUACUCAGUUAUGGAUGCCAGGCCAUGUUAUAUGAGCGAUCCAAGGCCAGCAGCUAAGGCAAGGAAAAGUAUUACGGUUCCUCUCAUGAUCAUAGCUGAAAACCAGAAAGUAAUUGAACCUGAUCAUAAACGUGUCAGGUAUUUGGUUGACCUUCAGACACAUGAGCCAGAGGAAUGA